CAUUCAUUGCUUUAACUCUUUUUAGACUUUUCCCAAAAGUUUUUUAUUCUACCAAUACUUUAGAUAAAUUUGGCGAUCAAUUGAUUGCAAUGGAGGACCACAUAAUGUCGCGCCCGCACUGGAAAAAGAAAUCCAUUCAACGCUCAAAUUCAGUCAUCGAUUCCAGUAAUUCGUCAAAUGAUCUCAAAUUUGAUGACAAAUCUAUUAAUAAGAGUGAGACGGAAGACAACGAUAGUGUUGAAAGUGAAGGCAAAGAAGCCACCGAUGGAAAUGAGAUCAAAUUGAAGGUUAAUGGAAAGUCUGGGACAAGGAAUCCGAUGUGCACGCGAUGUGCGAACCAUAUUCGCACUCCCGUUCCCGUCAAAGGCCAUAAGCGAAAGUGCCCGCACAAGGAGUGUCGGUGUGGCAAAUGUAUGCUAACUGUGCAAAGACGGGAUCUGAUGGCGAAGACAAAUAAACUAAAGAAACAAAAAGAAGAGCCGAAAUCGACAGCAAAGAGACAACGAUCUGACGAU